GCGCCGGCCGCGUCCACUCCCUCCUGCUGCCGACGUGGGGCUGGCAGCCGCAGGCGGUGAGGGCCCCGGGCGUCGGUGCAGAGCUAGAGGCGGGGAUGGGGGGGCUGCAGUUACUGGCGGUGGCCCUCACGUGUUGUUGGUGGCCGCAGGGCAGCCAGGGUAAGACCUUACGGGGCAGCUUCAGCAGCGCCACGGCCCGAGACGCUCAGGGCCAGAGCAUCGGCCACUUCCAGUUCCACGGUGACCAUGCUCUUCUGUGUGUCAGAAUCAACAACAUAGCAGCAGCUGUUGGAAAAGAAGCUAAACUCUACCUGUUCCAAGCCCAGGAAUGGCUAGAGCUUCAGGAAAGCAGUCAUGGUUAUAGUUGUAGUGAAAAAUUAUCCAAAGCUCAGCUGACAUUGCCCAUGAACCAGACUGAACAUAAUCUGACAGUGUCCCAGAUUCCGUCUCCACAAACGUGGCAUGUGUUUUAUGCAGACAAGUAUACAUGCAGCGAUGAGAGGGAGAAUUCUCAGGUGGAAGAUAUCCCAUUUGAAAUGGUGUUACUAAACCCAGAUGCUGAAGGGAAUCCAUUUGAUCAUUUUAGUGCUGGAGAAUCUGGGUUACAUGAGUUCUUUUUCCUCCUAGUCCUAGUGUACUUUGUGAUUGCUUGCGUUUAUGCUCAAUCAUUGUGGCAGGCUAUUAAGAAAGGAGGACCCAUGCACAUGAUUUUAAAGGUUCUGACAACUGCAUUGCUGUUACAAGCUGGUUCAGCUUUAGCUAAUUACAUUCAUUUCUCCAGUUACUCCAAAGAUGGAAUAGGAGUACCUUUUAUGGGAAGUUUGGCAGAAUUUUUUGACAUUGCUUCCCAAAUUCAGAUGUUAUACCUACUUCUGAGUCUAUGCAUGGGUUGGACAAUUGUCAGAAUGAAGAAGUCUCAAAGCAGACCUCUCCAGUGGGAUUCUACACCUGCAUCCACUGGCAUUGCAGUAUUCAUUGUCAUAACACAGAGUAUUUUGCUACUUUGGGAACAGUUUGAAGAUACCAGUCAUCAUAGCUACCAUUCACACCACAACUUAGCAGGGAUCCUUCUGAUCGUUUUAAGAAUUUGCCUAGCAUUGUCAUUAAGCUGUGGACUCUAUCAGAUUAUCACAGUGGAGAGAAGUACACUCAAAAGGGAGUUCUACAUCACAUUUGCCAAAGGCUGUAUCUUAUGGUUUUUAUGUCAUCCAGGUCUUGCAUGCAUUUCUAUCAUAUUUAGUGACUAUCAAAGAGAUAAGGUUAUUACAAUAGGUGUUAUCCUUUGCCAGUCUGUUUCCAUGGUUAUUCUCUACAGACUCUUUCUAUCCCACAGUCUAUACUGGGAAGUUUCUUCACUUUCCUCAGUAACACUACCACUGACCAUAUCAUCUGGACACAAAAGUCGACUUCAUUUCUGAUACUUGGUUAAAAGUGCAAUAAUGAUCCAAAUAUAGUGACUUUUUUUUUCAUACGUUUGAUAUGAAAAAUUGAACAGUGAAAGCAGAGCGUGUUAUUUAUAUAACUGCAUUUAAGCAGUACCAAAACUGAAAAAGGUAAUAAAUGGAAUGUUUUGAAAUAUACUUAAACAAUAAACUUUCAAGAAAGAAUGUUGUUAUAAGGUGAUUGAAGCAAUUACCAUACAGAAAUAAAUGUGAAAAAGAAUUAUAUGAUAUUUUGGUAAGAUAUUCAAUUCACCACUUAAAAUGCCUCAUUUUAUAUCAAUAGCUAACUCAGG